AUGCUGCGGUUGGCAGACAUUGGCUGGGCCCCGUACGGCGAAGGCAGAUGCGCUGGUCCUCUCACACUAGCAGCUGACGAGGUCUGGGCGAGGGGGUCCGGAUCUAAUUUGGCCAUGCUGGCGUUUUCGAGUGAUAUCAUUCUUGGCGUUUGUGUCAUACAGCACGUCUAUAGUUCAAGUUACAUGUUUGGCGAUAUAGAAGAAUGCAAAGGGAAAUUGCGCCAAUUGCAAAUUCGAUAA